AUCUGCCACCCCCGCCAGUGCCACCUCCAGCUAUAAAAUCUCCUACCGCCCAGUCCAAAUCUCAAGUGGAUAUACGGCCUGUGAUGUUGCCAAAGUUGUCCUCUAUAGAACCAAGAACAGAAAGAGCAGUUGAAAGAAAAGGAAUAGGCUAUAAGGGAAAAGAAGGCUCUGAUGGCUGUCAGCAUUCUGAUAUGUGGACAUGUUCAGGGGAGCGUAGAGAAUUACAGGAACAGCAAAGUGAUAGCAAGUUAAGAGGAAACAAACCAGCAAGACGAGAUGGCACACCAGCAAAAACACAUCUUCUCCCAGAGGAUAUUUUGCCAUACUGUAGACCAACAUUUCCAACAUCUAAUACCAGAGAUCCCAGUUCCUCAAGCUCUAUGUCAUCUAGAGGAUCAGGAAGUAGACAAAAGGCAGAGCAAGCAAAUUUAAGUCGAAGGAAUAUUGCAGAAAUGCAGGUAUUUGGAACUUAUGAGCAAGGAGAAGAUGAAGAUGAUUUGCAGGAGACCGAAAGCUGAAGAAGAGAUGUACUGUAACACAUUUUUGAAACUUAAUCACAAAGAUAUCACUUAAGAUGCCUCAAGUCUGAUGAUAUUUGAUGCCAGAAAGAAUAAUGUUCAGUGCAAUCAGAACGAACACUUUUUCAUGUUUUUGUCUUAUUGUCAGAAUCUUUAUUUUAAAGCUCUUUUAAAAUC